AGAGCCUUGCCCAGCGUAAACAUACAGAAUACAUACUACGCACUGGGCCGGAUAACGAAUAUCUUCGCCGGAGUGAAGAUCGAUCACCGGAGAUGGAAUCUGCUGCUGUGCUGUGCCGGGUUCAGAGUUCAGACCAUUUUCAACCAGACUGACUUAAACCGCCAGAGAAGAAUACAACACCGACGCUGGACUGGUAAACCGCGGAUGAUGUCGACAACGAAGGAGGAAGCAGCUUCAACGCCUUUUCCGGACAGAAGAGACAUCGUUGGAAUAGCAGAGCUACUGUUCCGGGCUAAGUAUUCGCGCCAGAUGGAUGCUCGCCGGAGAUAGGAGCCCCUGGAGUGCUGUUUGUACCACGCCGGUUGAUCGGCGCCGGAGAGCAUCUGCGUACCUGCGUUCGCCGGACUGGAACCGACGAGUGAAUUUGGAAAAGAUCGAGAUAUAGAAGCUUUGGUUGGGAAUUAUCGCGAUUGAGACAAUCACGCCUACAAGAGACAACAUGGAAGACGUAACAAUGACGCGGCACUGAAGAAUUCGGAUUAGUGGGUCUGGGACAAUCUCAACUUCCUAGAUGAUCGGGAAUGUGCUACUUCAAGCUCAACACUAACAUCAUCUCAACCGCUGAAUUAACGAACUUAUAGCAAAGCAUAAUUUCCUCUAUGUUUAUGCCAAGAAGAUCCUCUUAUCCUCGAGGAUUGGAUUCUCACUUUUGUCAAACUUUUUCUAGGCUAUAAAUCGUCAUCCUGCGGAUUAAUGCGUUAAUACGUCUGCAUACUACCUACGUCACGAGGCAGACAACUAAGCUUGUGGGCUACAACUGAACAAACGUUGUGUCAACAACCUCACUUUCUUUGGGAGACGUUUAUAGAGGCCAAGCGAGAAUGAUUCUAUUUAGACAACAUGAAAGCUACGAAGUACGAGAAACUCUUACACCUAAAGCAAGUGGAUAUGAAUGCCAAAGAAUACUACGCCAAAUUCUUGGAGCUCGCACGAUUUGCACCUGUGUUAGUUCCUGAUGAAAUCAAUAGGGCUAGGAAGUACAUAAGCGGUCCGGAUUUCGAGACUAACAAGGCUAUUUGCGUUUUGGGAUGCCAAACUCCGAACGAGGCCUACACCAAAGCUUUCAAUCGCGAUCGGGUACGACAACUCCAGAAGGAAAGACUGAAGAAGGGCGCCACAGAAGAGAGCAAGCCGAGGGAAAACUAUCUUUGAGUAAGUUAAAUGCUUCGAGGACGAAUCAUGUUUUAAGGGGGGUAGAAUGUGACACUCCAAUUUUUUUUAUAUAAUGAAAAUAUAUAAAUAAUUUCAUGGUUUUAUUGGUCAAAUAAAAUUUUGUAUCACACACCUAUAUAAAACAAAUCCAAUACGAUAGUAUAUGCUAGCAAUGAUAUUAUGAGAAUAAUGCGGAGGAGUUCGUAUAAAAAAAAUUCUUGGGCCACUCAGACGUUUCCUAUUACUUCGUAGUUCGCACAUAUGAAAGUAAACGUAAAGAAUUUGUUAACAUACGAAACCCUAGUCUAGAAGCAUCGACUGCGGCAUAUAUAUAUACACGACCUUCGCCCUGCACAUCUGCAUACACCUGCGGCAGAGCCUUGCCCAGCGUAAACAUACAGAAUACAUACUACGCACUGGGCCGGAUAACGAAUAUCUUCGCCGGAGUGAAGAUCGAUCACCGGAGAUGGAAUCUGCUGCUGUGCUGUGCCGGGUUCAGAGUUCAGACCAUUUUCAACCAGACUGACUUAAACCGCCAGAGAAGAAUACAACACCGACGCUGGACUGGUAAACCGCGGAUGAUGUCGACAACGAAGGAGGAAGCAGCUUCAACGCCUUUUCCGGACAGAAGAGACAUCGUUGGAAUAGCAGAGCUACUGUUCCGGGCUAAGUAUUCGCGCCAGAUGGAUGCUCGCCGGAGAUAGGAGCCCCUGGAGUGCUGUUUGUACCACGCCGGUUGAUCGGCGCCGGAGAGCAUCUGCGUACCUGCGUUCGCCGGACUGGAACCGACGAGUGAAUUUGGAAAAGAUCGAGAUAUAGAAGCUUUGGUUGGGAAUUAUCGCGAUUGAGGUAAUGCUUUGCUGAUGAUGUUGAUUUCGAGAGAGCUUCCGCUAGAGAAAAUCUUACUAGUCCCGUGGAUGAAAUUGCCGAGUUCAUUUGACACAGUUGAGUUCUACACCAACCAUCGCCAUAGGGAAGUUGCUUUGGUUCUUAUUCUUGUGAUAAUGACUUAAGUUAAUGUUGAGCAUGCGUGACCCUUUCCUCUUUACCCCUAGUACAUAAUGCAUUUUUGGUCAUCGAGGACGAUGCCAAAGUUUAAGUGUGGGGGAGUGAAUUGGGCAUUCGGGCAGUAGUUGUUACAUGAGAUUUGUUAGAGUUAGCAUGCGCAGGUGUUAGUUGUAUAUUCAUAGGAAAUUCAUGCAAAAUUCAUAGAAAAUUCAUGCCAAAGUUGUAUAUUCAUAGAAACUACAUGCCCAAGAAAGCCAAUCUCUUUAAGCCAAAACUCGCACUUAGAGAACUUGGCGCAAAAUUGCUUCUCUCGUAAUGUUUCAAGAUCCAGGACCAAGUGCCGCUCAUGUUCUUCUUCACUCCUUGAGUAAAUUAAGAUGUCAUAUAUGAACACAAUCACAAAUCGGUCCAAGUAUUUAUGAAAUACUCGGUUCACCAAGUCCAUGAAUGCCGCUGGGGCGUUUGUUAACCCAAACGACAUAACAAGGAAUUCAAAGUGCUCAUACCUUGUGCGAAAAGCACUUUUUGGUAUGUCAUCUUCCUUAAUCUUCGGUUGAUGGUAACCCGACCUCAAGUCAAUCUUUGAAAACACAGUCGCCACUCGUAGUUGAUCAAACAAGUCAUCAAUCCUAGGCAAGGGAUACCUAUUCUUGAUUGUGACCUUGUUCAGUUGACGAUAGUCAAUACACAUUCGAAGUGUCCCAUCUUUCUUUUUCACAAAAAGAACUGGUGCUCCCCACGGGGAGUGGCUUGGUCUAAUGAAACCAUUAUCCAAAAGCUCUUGCAAUUGGGUUUUCAACUCGUUAAGUUCAGCGGGUGCCAUACGGUAUGGCGGUAUGGAGAUUGGUUUGGUACCAGGCUCGACCUCGAUCACAAAUUCAAUCUCCCUAUCAGGUGGAAGCCCCGGUAGGUCUUUAGGGAAGACAUCCGGAUACUUACAAACCACCCUCACAUCAUCGAUGUUCGUUUCUUCUUUGGUUUUGUCAACCACGUAUGCUAGAUAUGCGUGGCAUCCCUUUCUCAUCAUACUUCUCGCUCUCACGGCGGAUAUGAUACAGCUAUUUGAUCUCCCUCGAUCGCCCUCGAAGCGUAGGGUCUCCCCAUCAUUGCCUUCGAGUUCAAGAACCUUCGUGUAGCAAUCUACCCUAGCAUGGUUCCUUUCUAGCCAAUCCAUCCCUAGGAUUGCAUUGAAUUCAAUCAUGCUCAGCGGUACGAAGUCACACGUCAAGGUUUGACCAUUAACCUCCACCCCACAAGAUGGAUAGUAACAAGUUCUUUCCACGUCAUCCCCUAGUGGUGUUGAUACCACUAAGGUUUGCAUCAAUGGUGCGGAUUGCACUCCCAACCUCUUGGCGAACGCUUCAUUCACAAAUGAACGUUGCGCCCCGGUAUCGAUAAGGAUUCGCGCAUCCUUCCCAUUAAUCUUUAGUGUUCCUACAUUUAUAAGUCAUGUGAGAUACCUUUCCUACCAUUCUUAUACAUUUAGAGAGGUUUAUUAUGUUCACACACGUGUUUGGGAUCAAGAACGGGUCUUAACGUUGAAAUACGGCGCGAAAAAGUCGACUUUGGGCUGCCCAGGAGGUACGCACGGCGUGCCUAGGAGGUACGCACGGCGUGCGUGUCUUAUAACCUCAAAACGGAGCUACUGCCACCAACGCACGGACAACGCACGUCCGUGCGUAUAGCAAUUUCUUCCCGGUUGCUACUGCCACCAACGCACGGACCAACGCACGGACAACGCACGGCCGUGCGUAUAGCAAUUUAUUCCCGGUGGCUACUGCCACCAACGCACGGACCAACGCACGGACAACGCACGGCCGUGCGUAUGGUCCCGCCUGGUGUGCGUUGGCGGAAAUCAGCCGUCUUUCGCCCGAUUUCGCUCCGUUUGACCCCAAAACUUCGUACAAUGAUCCCAACGAUUAGCAACCUCAAUUUAUGGACUAAUCAAGGGUAAAACACAAGUAUACAAGAGGUUAUACCUGCAACGGAAUCCGGGUUCGCUCGAGCCUCCGCCUCCGUCAUCGUAUAGACUCUAGCGUGAGUCCUCCCUUGAUUCACGGACGGCGCGUUGCUCACACUUGCUCCGCCAUGUUCCUUGCUUGCUUGAGAGGCCCCAGCUUGACUCUGUAUGCCUAUAGUCGUACUACUUGAGCCCAAAGUUUGGUCGGGUACAAGUUGUGGGCAAUUCGCAUUCGUGUGCCUGAUCUCUCUGCAUCGGUAGCACCUAGGAGGUUCCCAACACUUACCCGGGUGGUGCUUCUUACAAUUUGUGCACUUAGGUACUCUCGAACCUUUUGACCUCGAGUUCUGGCCACCCGAGCCUCGACUCCACUCAAGUGAUAGUGUCUGCGCCAUGAAGGUUUUGUCACCCUCAACGUUUGUCCUCCUUGAAUGUCUUUGUGAAUCGUUGUCUCCCCACUUCCUUUUCCUUACUAAUGGUAUGCCCUUAGCUUGCCUAGCUUGGCGUUUUCGUAUAAGCCUCACACGUUCACGUUGAAGCCAAUCUAUGACCAUGCCCAUUUGUUCAAUGGGUGCACCAUCAAGGUCCUCAUCACUCAAAUCAUCUCCUUUGUCACCCGAAGCCUUGAGUGGUUCAGUUUUGCUAUAACAAGGUGAUUCUUCCUUGGUCUUAACAUGACCACCACUCAUGAUUUGAGCUUCAAGAAUUUCGUGCACCUUUGGUCCUAAGGGCUUUUCUCGGUUGGCAUGCCCGGUUCCACCCGGUGCAAACCCUUCCGAGUUCUCCCUAUUCAUAAUACCACCAUCACCCUCCAUCACUGAAAGAAAUAAUUAGAAUGAGUCAUUAGACUCGUUUCAAAUGUCAAGUGACAGAUAGGCACUUAAGACUUCUCUUGGGCCAAGUCACUGCCAUACCAAUCGUUAAGGGCGCCAUCUUAACAAUUAGAGACCUUGCAACUCAAACACCAAAAGUUCUUAAGUACAAAACAUUUUCGCUCAUGGUUUUCAAAAAUCAUUUUGAAAAGAGAAUUUUGAGACUUCAUUAUGAAGUUUAUGGACUAAGGCUCUGAUACCAACUUAAUUGUCACGCCCCGGACCUAUACGGGCACGUCAACAAUCCGCCGUACAAUACGAAUAGUCAACCGCAGUCCAACACAUUCAUAUUAUACAAGGCGUCUUGAAUAUCAUUCACACAUGUACAUCCAUAAACAAACAUAAUAAGUAAUUCAUAACGCAGCGGAAACAUUGUUUAAAACAAAAGGGCCACACAAGGCAUUUCAUGAGCACGCAGGCUCCAUAGUAAAAUAUCCAUGAGCAUGUUUAGAAAGGUUUAAAAACAGAAUGGAGGAAGCACGAACCAAGUCUUCCCUCCUAUAUGAUCUCUCGAGCAACGAGCACAGGAAGCAAGCUCUAGCCUCAACCUGAAAAAUGGUGGUGGGACGCCCCCGAAGGGGUCAGCACUCUAUAGGGCUAUAAAGUGCUGGUGUGGCAGGCAUCUAAUAGAUAUACAACAAGUAUUUCACACACAAGACCCUCAAAUAGGGUGAUAAUAUAGUAUAGGCCGUAAUCCUAGAUUACCCCUUUCAAAAUACAUACUUACUUUAUAUAAAAUCAAGUAGUUGGCUCAAAGGCCCGUGUUUGUUAUAAAACAUUUCCCAAACCCCGUGACUAAUAGUCACGACAAUACAUAGGGUCCAACCCUAAUAUAACUUCUCAUUUCUAGAGUUAGGCUCGAGUACAUCAUCAUGCACUCGCAUCAUAGAUCUCCUACUUCAUAUAAUCAUACCAUAGAUCUCCUACUUCAUGUAUUCACCCCAUAGAUCUCCUACUUCAUACAAUCCCACCAUAGAUCUCCUACUUCAUAUAAUCACACCAUAGAUCUCCUACUUCAUAUAAUCACACCAUAGAUCUCCUACUUCAUAUAAUCACACCAUAGAUCUCCUACUUCAUACAAUCACACUUGACACUUGAAUCUUAUUCAAGUUCAUCACAAACAACUCAAACCUUAAAUUUGAUUCUAUCAACAUUUUGAACAAUCCUUAACUAGCAUCACAAUACUAUUAAGAUUAUUCCUACAACUCAUUUAUCAUAAAUGGUAGCCCCUCCAUAUCAAUAGAUAUGUGGCAGCCUCCCAUGUGCUAAGCAUCAUCAUGCAAUUAUACAUUUACAUACACAUAACAUUCAUACAUGAGUUGGAAGGUCAAUUUACCAUAUUAGCAUACUUUUAUCUCACAUGACUCCAUAUUCAUCAAUAUGGUUUCAAUUCAUGGUCAAGUCCAUUACUUAUCAUUCAUAUCAUGUUCAAGCAUAUUUAUUCACAAAAACAUGAUUCAAGCAUUUAGGUAAUCUCAUGCAUAACCUACAAGUUGUAAGCAACUAGAUGUCGGUCCUCACCUCAAAUGAGCUUUAAAACCUUCCUUCUUGCUCCAACGACCAAAGCCUCGGCCAAGAAGGUUUUAGAACUGAUUCCUUGCUUGGAAUUGAGUGUUAAACAGCCCCCUCAAAGUGCUAGUUCAACUCCUACCCGAAGACGCAAAAACAGUCCCUAGAACGGGUGUUUCCCGACGAAUUCGUUUCCUAGUUUUCCAAUAUUUGCAUCUAGGUUAGUAUCUAACCUUUACAUCAAUAAAAUAACUUCACAAGGACAUAUUAUACACUUGUAUUAGUGUACAAUAGUUCCACCAAUCGUUCAUAUCAUUUGGAAAAUGAAAGGAAAGGUUUUGGGAUUAACAACUCACUUAGAAGAGUAAAUCCGUUCCUGCGAGGUCGCGUUCUGAUCGGACGAUUUGGAAGCCUUCCUCUACUCCGAUUGAUGCAAACCAGACCUUCACGGAUUCCUCGUCUUGAGAGCUUUCUUUUGGUAUCUCACACGCCUUAAUUGGAUUGGUAUAACUCGAGAUAUAAACCAAACAGUCUCAGCACUCUCACAGCUCGAGUUCACAGACCACCACUCACUCCAGCUCGAUUUUUGUAAGAUAAGCUUUCUCUCCUCGAACACAGACCACUCAAUUGAGAUACUAGACUUCAAAGGCUAUCCAAGGACAUAUUAUUCACGUUGUUUGGUCGAGUAUAGCUUCUAUAAUGAGAGGAGACAAACAGCACACCAAUUUGUGCGAAAAUAAGGAUGGUGGCCCAAGCUUUGAUUCCUAUCAAGUCAUGUGCAGCUCCCCUCCAUUAUGGCCGGCCAAGGUAGGUCUUAUAACCCAUUUUUAUUUGUUUUGAAGGUACUAAUAUAAUGUGGAGUGGUUCCCAAUUGAUCCCAUUAAAUUUGGGGUCCAAAAUAUCUACCAAUACUUCCAAAAAAUGGGAAGAUGGGUCCUAUAGUUUUAUCUUUUGUCAAAGAUGUCUUUUUGUACUCAUCCUAAUUUAUUUAGAACAAGUCAACUUCCUCCAUCACAUUAUUGAUCUCCAAUAUGUGUAGGUUCAUCACAAUAAUUUACUUGAUGAAUAUUAUAGAAGGAAAAUCCUACUCCCAUUAUUUAGCUCAAUAAGGCCCAAGGUGGGGUUAUAGGCAUUUGUAUUCUUCCUUAAUCAUUCAAUCACUUAUUUGACAUUUGUCAUACGUAUUAUUGGGCUACUAGCCGUGUGGGUCACUCCCGAGUGGGUUUAGAACGCCAUUCUUGAAUACUUGCUAUUUUUAGCAGGUUGGGCCCAAAAUAACGUUUGGGCCGCCCGACCUUCCUCAAUUUGUCUUGAAAGGUCAAAUAUUACUAUUUAGAAAAUGUUGGGCCCCUUUAUCUAUUAAUAAGUCCCAAAUAGUAUCCGUGUGUCCGACACUAAUAUACGAGUUCGAAGAGUACAAUAUUCGAUCAUUAAUUACGUAAAACAUAAAUCGUUUUACAAUUGUUUGGGAACCGGAAAUCCAAUACAUAAACUUUGAAUAUUUAAAUCAAAUCUCCAAGGACAUUCGGGUGCGGUGUCACAAGUUCACCCCCCCUUAACAGGAAUUUCGUCCCCGAAAUUCACAGUUUUACUCGAAUAGGAAAGCAUACUGCUUCCUCAUCAAAGCCUCUGUUUCCCACGUCUCUUCUUCGACCCGAUCGCUCUUCCAAAGUACUUUAACCAUUGGGACUUCUUUGCUCCUCAGUUUCUUCACCUUCCUAUCGGUGACCUUGAUUGGUUGCACAGCGUAGUUCAAAUCCUCACGUACCUCUACAGGUGGUUUCUCCAAUACGUGGGAGGGAUCAUGCACAUACUUCUUAAGCAUGGAUACAUGAAAUACAUUAUGUAUCUUCUCUAAUUCAGGAGUUAACUGCAGACGAUAUGCUACGGCCCCAAUCCUCUAUAAUUCUGAAUGGACCUAUGUAUCGUGGAUUAAGCUUUCCUCGGGUUUGGAAUCGUAUGAUUCCUUUCCAAGGAGAAACCUUCAAGAAUACCUCGUCAUCAACCUUAAACUCUAAGGUUCUCCGAUGCUUAUCUGCAUAACUCUUUUGUCUAUCCUGAGCCGCCUUGAGUCUCUCUCGAAUCAAUUUCACCUUUGAUUUGGUGACCUCAACCAACUCAGUACCUUCGAGUUUGGCCAUGCCGACCUCGUCCCAACAUAACGGUGUACGACACCUCCUCCCAUACAAUGCCUCGUGUGGAGGCAUGCCGAUGCUUGCCUGAUAACUGUUGUUAUAGGCGAACUCCACAAGUGCUAAGUGGUUGUCCCAACUUCCUUGGAACUCUAACGCACAAGCCCUCAGCAUAUCCUCUAAGAUCUGUAUAACCCUUUCAGACUGCCCAUCCGUCUGUGGAUGGAAUGCAGUACUGAACUUCAAUCUCGUUCCCAUAGACUCUUGAAAUUUCGGCCAAAAACGUGAUGUGAAUCGUGGGUCUCUAUCGGAUACAAUGGUCACUGGGACCCCAUGCAGCCUCACGAUCUCAUCCGUAUACAAUUUGGCUAACCUCUCAAGUGGGUAGGUGGUGUUGAUAGGCAAGAAGUGUGCACUCUUUGUGAGCCUAUCCACAACAACCCAAAUUGCAUCAUAGUUCCGAAUUGUCCGUAGUAAACCUACCACGAAAUCCAUAGUCACAUGUUCCCACUUCCAUUCAGGAAUGGAAAGUGGUUGUAACAAGCCUGCUGGAUGCUGAUGUUCUGCCUUAACUUGCUGACAAGUAAGGCAUCGACUAAUGUAUUCAGCUAUUUCCCUCUUCAUACCAGACCACCAGUAACUUUCUUUCAAAUCACGAUACAUUUUCGUGCCCCCCGGGUGCAUGACAUAAGCCGAUGAAUGAGCCUCCUCUAAGAUGGACUUUCGGAGCUCAUCAUCUGACGGUACACACACUCGGUCACGAAAUAACAAGAGACCAUCAUCUCUUUCCCUGAAAUCCUCCACCGGUCCCGCCUGCAUGCGUUCCCGGACCUUCAUAAGUUCUGCGUCAGUCUCUUGACCCUUCUUGAUUUCAUCAAGUAAGGUCGGUCUCACCUCGAAUCGUGCCGAUAAGACACCGUCGCUAGAUACAUCCAAUUGGGCCCUCAGUGCCCUCAAACUUGUCAACAAUGCCCCAGACGAACUCUUCCGACUGAGGGCAUCUGCUACAACGUUUGCCUUACCUGGAUGGUACUCAAUAACUAGAUGGUAGUCCUUUAUCAACUCCAUCCACCGUCCCUGUCUCAUGUUUAACUCUCUCUGAGUAAACACGCACUUGAAGCUCUUAUGAUCCGUAUAUAUGUGGCAUGUCUCUCCGUAGAGAUAAUGUCUCCAAAUCUUCAGUGCAAACACUACUGCUCCCAGCUCCAGAUCAUGGGCAGGAUAAUUUACCUCAUGCUUCUUCAACUGUCGUGAAGCAUAGGCAAUUACCCUCCCCUUCUGCAUCGACACACACCCAAACCCUUGGAUGCUCGCGUCACUAUAGACAUCGUACCCCACACCCUGUUUGGGUAAUGCAAGUACCGGUGCCUCGGUCAAUCUCUUCUUCAGUUCGAUGAAUCCUUUCUCACAUUUGUCAUCCCAUAUAAACUUAGUUCCCUUUCGAGUGAGCUUUGUCAAUGGCGAUGCUAAAACUGAGAACUUCUCCACGAAUUAUCUGUAGUAACCUGCUAGCCCGAGGAAACUACGAAUCUCCUUCACGUUCUUAGGCCUUUCCCAUUAUGUGAUAGCCCCAAUCUUCUUGUUAUCCACGGCAAUGCCUGACUCAGAAACUACAUGCCCAAGAAAGCCAAUCUCUUUAAGCCAAAACUCGCACUUAGAGAACUUGGCGCAAAAUUGCUUCUCUCGUAAUGUUUCAAGAUCCAGGACCAAGUGCCGCUCAUGUUCUUCUUCACUCCUUGAGUAAAUUAAGAUGUCAUAUAUGAACACAAUCACAAAUCGGUCCAAGUAUUUAUGAAAUACUCGGUUCACCAAGUCCAUGAAUGCCGCUGGGGCGUUUGUUAACCCAAACGACAUAACAAGGAAUUCAAAGUGCUCAUACCUUGUGCGAAAAGCACUUUUUGGUAUGUCAUCUUCCUUAAUCUUCGGUUGAUGGUAACCCGACCUCAAGUCAAUCUUUGAAAACACAGUCGCCACUCGUAGUUGAUCAAACAAGUCAUCAAUCCUAGGCAAGGGAUACCUAUUCUUGAUUGUGACCUUGUUCAGUUGACGAUAGUCAAUACACAUUCGAAGUGUCCCAUCUUUCUUUUUCACAAAAAGAACUGGUGCUCCCCACGGGGAGUGGCUUGGUCUAAUGAAACCAUUAUCCAAAAGCUCUUGCAAUUGGGUUUUCAACUCGUUAAGUUCAGCGGGUGCCAUACGGUAUGGCGGUAUGGAGAUUGGUUUGGUACCAGGCUCGACCUCGAUCACAAAUUCAAUCUCCCUAUCAGGUGGAAGCCCCGGUAGGUCUUUAGGGAAGACAUCCGGAUACUUACAAACCACCCUCACAUCAUCGAUGUUCGUUUCUUCUUUGGUUUUGUCAACCACGUAUGCUAGAUAUGCGUGGCAUCCCUUUCUCAUCAUACUUCUCGCUCUCACGGCGGAUAUGAUACAGCUAUUUGAUCUCCCUCGAUCGCCCUCGAAGCGUAGGGUCUCCCCAUCAUUGCCUUCGAGUUCAAGAACCUUCGUGUAGCAAUCUACCCUAGCAUGGUUCCUUUCUAGCCAAUCCAUCCCUAGGAUUGCAUCGAAUUCAAUCAUGCUCAGCGGUACGAAGUCACACGUCAAGGUUUGACCAUUAACCUCCACCCCACAAGAUGGAUAGUAACAAGUUCUUUCCACGUCAUCCCCUAGUGGUGUUGAUACCACUAAGGUUUGCAUCAAUGGUGCGGAUUGCACUCCCAACCUCUUGGCGAACGCUUCAUUCACAAAUGAAUGUUGCGCCCCGGUAUCGAUAAGGAUUCGCGCAUCCUUCCCAUUAAUCUUUAGUGUUCCUACAUUUAUAAGUCAUGUGAGAUACCUUUCCUACCAUUCUUAUACAUUUAGAGAGGUUUAUUAUGUUCACACACGUGUUUGGGAUCAAGAACGGGUCUUAACGUUGCAAUACGGCGCGAAAAAGUCGACUUUGGGCUGCCCAGGAGGUACGCACGGCGUGCCUAGGAGGUACGCACGGCGUGCGUGUCUUAUAACCUCAAAACGGAGCUACUGCCACCAACGCACGGACCAACGCACGGACAACGCACGUCCGUGCGUAUAGCAAUUUCUUCCCGGUUGCUACUGCCACCAACGCACGGACCAACGCACGGACAACGCACGGCCGUGCGUAUAGCAAUUUAUUCCCGGUGGCUACUGCCACCAACGCACGGACCAACGCACGGACAACGCACGGCCGUGCGUAUGGUCCCGCCUGGUGUGCGUUGGCGGAAAUCAGCCGUCUUUCGCCCGAUUUCGCUCCGUUUGACCCCAAAACUUCGUACAAUGAUCCCAACGAUUAGCAACCUCAAUUUAUGGACUAAUCAAGGGUAAAACACAAGUAUACAAGAGGUUAUACCUGCAACGGAAUCCGGGUUCGCUCGAGCCUCCGCCUCCGUCAUCGUAUAGACUCUAGCGUGAGUCCUCCCUUGAUUCACGGACGGCGCGUUGCUCACACUUGCUCCGCCAUGUUCCUUGCUUGCUUGAGAGGCCCCGGCUUGACUCUGUAUGCCUAUAGUCGUACUACUUGAGCCCAAAGUUUGGUCGGGUACAAGUUGUGGGCAAUUCGCAUUCGUGUGCCCGAUCUCUCUGCAUCGGUAGCACCUAGGAGGUUCCCAACACUUACCCGGGUGGUGCUUCUUACAAUUUGUGCACUUAGGUACUCUCGAACCUUUUGACCUCGAGUUCUGGCCACCCGAGCCUCGACUCCACUCAAGUGAUAGUGUCUGCGCCAUGAAGGUUUUGUCACCCUCAACGUUUGUCCUCCUUGAAUGUCUUUGUGAAUCGUUGUCUCCCCACUUCCUUUUCCUUACUAAUGGUAUGCCCUUAGCUUGCCUAGCUUGGCGUUUUCGUAUAAGCCUCACACGUUCACGUUGAAGCCAAUCUAUGACCAUGCCCAUUUGUUCAAUGGGUGCACCAUCAAGGUCCUCAUCACUCAAAUCAUCUCCUUUGUCACCCGAAGCCUUGAGUGGUUCAGUUUUGCCAUAACAAGGUGAUUCUUCCUUGGUCUUAACAUGACCACCACUCAUGAUUUGAGCUUCAAGAAUUUCGUGCACCUUUGGUCCUAAGGGCUUUUCUCGGUUGGCAUGCUCGGUUCCACCCGGUGCAAACCCUUCCGAGUUCUCCCUAUUCAUAAUACCACCAUCACCCUCCAUCACUGAAAGAAAUAAUUAGAAUGAGUCAUUAGACUCGUUUCAAAUGUCAAGUGACAGAUAGGCACUUAAGACAUCUCUUGGGCCAAGUCACUGCCAUACCAAUCGUUAAGGGCGCCAUCUUAACAAUUAGAGAUCUUGCAACUCAAACACCAAAAGUUCUUAAGUACAAAACAUUUUCGCUCAUGGUUUUCAAAAAUCAUUUUGAAAAGAGAAUUUUGAGACUUCAUUAUGAAGUUUAUGGACUAAGGCUCUGAUACCAACUUAAUUGUCACGCCCCGGACCUAUCCGGGCACGUCAACAACCCGCCGUACAAUACGAAUAGUCAACCGCAGUCCAACACAUUCAUAUUAUACAAGGCGUCUUGAAUAUCAUUCACACAUGUACAUCCAUAAACAAACAUAAUAAGUAAUUCAUAACGCAGCGGAAACAUUGUUUAAAACAAAAGGGCCACACAAGGCAUUUCAUGAGCACGCAGGCUCCAUAGUAAAAUAUCCAUGAGCAUGUUUAGAAAGGUUUAAAAACAGAAUGGAGGAAGCACGAACCAAGUCUUCCCUCCUAUAUGAUCUCUCGAGCAACGAGCACAGGAAGCAAGCUCUAGCCUCAACCUGAAAAAUGGUGGUGGGACGCCCCCGAAGGGGUCAGCACUCUAUAGGGCUAUAAAGUGCUGGUGUGGCAGGCAUCUAAUAGAUAUACAACAAGUAUUUCACACACAAGACCCUCAAAUAGGGUGAUAAUAUAGUAUAGGCCGUAAUCCUAGAUUACCCCUUUCAAAAUACAUACUUACUUUAUAUAAAAUCAAGUAGUUGGCUCAAAGGCCCGUGUUUGUUAUAAAACAUUUCCCAAACCCCGUGACUAAUAGUCACGACAAUACAUAGGGUCCAACCCUAAUAUAACUUCUCAUUUCUAGAGUUAGGCUCGAGUACAUCAUCAUGCACUCGCAUCAUAGAUCUCCUACUUCAUAUAAUCAUACCAUAGAUCUCCUACUUCAUGUAUUCACCCCAUAGAUCUCCUACUUCAUACAAUCCCACCAUAGAUCUCCUACUUCAUAUAAUCACACCAUAGAUCUCCUACUUCAUAUAAUCACACCAUAGAUCUCCUACUUCAUAUAAUCACACCAUAGAUCUCCUACUUCAUACAAUCACACUUGACACUUGAAUCUUAUUCAAGUUCAUCACAAACAACUCAAACCUUAAAUUUGAUUCUAUCAACAUUUUGAACAAUCCUUAACUAGCAUCACAAUACUAUUAAGAUUAUUCCUACAACUCAUUUAUCAUAAAUGGUAGCCCCUCCAUAUCAAUAGAUAUGUGGCAGCCUCCCAUGUGCUAAGCAUCAUCAUGCAAUUAUACAUUUACAUACACAUAACAUUCAUACAUGAGUUGGAAGGUCAAUUUACCAUAUUAGCAUACUUUUAUCUCACAUGACUCCAUAUUCAUCAAUAUGGUUUCAAUUCAUGGUCAAGUCCAUUACUUAUCAUUCAUAUCAUGUUCAAGCAUAUUUAUUCACAAAAACAUGAAUCAAGCAUUUAGGUAAUCUCAUGCAUAACCUACAAGUUGUAAGCAACUAGAUGUCGGUCCUCACCUCAAAUGAGCUUUAAAACCUUCCUUCUUGCUCCAACGACCAAAGCCUCGGCCAAGAAGGUUUUAGAACUGAUUCCUUGCUUGGAAUUGAGUGUUAAACAGCCCCCUCAAAGUGCUAGUUCAACUCCUACCCGAAGACGCAAAAACAGUCCCUAGAACGGGUGUUUCCCGACGAAUUCGUUUCCUAGUUUUCCAAUAUUUGCAUCUAGGUUAGUAUCUAACCUUUACAUCAAUAAAAUAACUUCACAAGGACAUAUUAUACACUUGUAUUAGUGUACAAUAGUUCCACCAAUCGUUCAUAUCAUUUGGAAAAUGAAAGGAAAGGUUUUGGGAUUAACAACUCACUUAGAAGAGUAAAUCCGUUCCUGCGAGGUCGCGUUCUGAUCGGACGAUUUGGAAGCCUUACUCUACUCCGAUUGAUGCAAACCAGACCUUCACGGAUUCCUCGUCUUGAGAGCUUUCUUUUGGUAUCUCACACGCCUUAAUUGGAUUGGUAUAACUCGAGAUAUAAACCAAACAGUCUCAGCACUCUCACAGCUCGAGUUCACACACCACCACUCACUCCAGCUCGAUUUUUGUAAGAUAAGCUUUCUCUCCUCGAACACAGACCACUCAAUUGAGAUACUAGACUUCAAAGGCUAUCCAAGGACAUAUUAUUCACGUUGUUUGGUC